AUGAAGUCGCUGAUUGUUGUAUUGGUUUUCGCCUUAUUUUCAUGCGCAUCAGGACAAUCUUGCAGUAGCGGCAAUCCUUGUCAGUUGGAUGCAACUUAUACACCAGCAGCUGGAUAUCAAUGUAUAGUACAUGCUUCUGAGACCAUAUGCACAUGUCCUAUAGGAUUUGAACUUAAUAGACCUUGCCGUCCGUGCACUCGAAUGAAUCCUGCAGACAAUAUAUGCAAAAAUGGUACUGGAAGACUAAUUAUGUGUCUUGAUACUGUUGACUUUGGCUCGACCUAUGCAUGUCUGUGUAAUGAUCCCAGAACGAACCAAGAAGCAGUGACACUUGAUCCUAACUGUGAUUUAAGUGUCACAGAGACAAGCUCAAUGCCGACUACACCUUCAUUGAAUUGUCAAAAUGGAGGAGUUCCAGCAAAUGGCUUUUGUAACUGUCCAAGUGGUUCCGUUGGUCCAUUUUGUGGAACUUUAGACAAUAGUAAAUUAUGCGACAGGAUUAUUUGUAAAAAUAGUGGUGCCUGUGCUAUUCGAAAAAAGGCUGCGGGGUAUGAGUCUGUUUGCCUCUGUCGAGCUGGUUAUUCGGGAGAAGCUUGUGAACUAACUGGAACUGCCGGUUUUUGUUCAUCAACUUCGUGCCAGAAUAAUGGUGCAUGUAGAGAAGAAGUUAUUGGUGCAACACGUAAUGCGUAUUGCCAUUGUCAAGCUGGAUAUAGUGGAACUAAAUGUGAAAUUCGACACUUUACUUGUACUAAGCCCGGUAAGUUUAGUGAUAGUAACAUGAGUGAUCAAGGAGAUUACUUCGAAUGUACACCAUUGGGCGCAGGAUUUCGAAUCGAACAAAAAUCAUGUCCAGAUGGACUUCGUUUCAAUACAUUAUCCGGACUAUGUACUUAUUAA